UAUGCCCUACUAGUAGCUUCCCAAUCCAGCCACGCUUCGAACGGCGUCAAAAUACUGCAUCUCGUCGAUAGCCGCUGAAAGAACUCACAAGUUGUCUUCAUCAAUUCUGCCAGCCGAUGCGCAAUAAUCUGAAGAACCCGGCUUCUUGGAAACCUGCACCGCCCACCGAUCCCAAAUUUACGACAGAACUCUGGAGCACAGUCCGCAGCAUGAGCGCAAGCUCUUCUAUACCAAUCGGUACAAACCCAGGGAGGAGAGGCAGAAAAGCUGGCACUCCGAGCACGAGGAAUGUUGUAAGGGAAAUACCUCAUUCUCCUCCAUCAACUACCUUAGAGAUCGCAUCGAUCGCCGAGUCCUCUAUCACUGCAAAGAGCUCGACGAGGUCAAAAGCACCAACCGGACCUCGCAACAUUCGAUUUGAAGAGGAAGUGCUUCGGCGACAUGGGAUCGAAAUUGACCGCUCUAAGCGCCCAACAUCGGGUCCAUUCGACUAUUUCGGUACGAAGCAAGACGACUAUACCACAAUAGACAGCCUCAACCACAUUACCAUCUGGAUGGCCGCAAGCAACGAGGAGCUCCAAGCGAUCGCGAACGAAUACACAGAGAUGAUGCGUCAGAAACUCUGCGAGGAUGAGUACGCGACUUUUGCGAAAGAAAAUCUUUUAAAAGGCCCACGGCGCGCUGGCUAUGUCGCCGAAGACGGCCUGUUCCGUAUCCAACGCCUAGUUAACCCCUUCCUUGCACCUGACCAUUCCAAUCACUGGGUCGUACCGCCGAAGAUGAUCGAAGACGGGGCUGAUUGGAGCUGGGAUAUCAGACCGGACUGCUCGUACUGGUUAUCGCUUCGGGGCUUCAACGAGGACUGGCGAUCGCAGGUGGAGGACGUUACAUAUGUGAAGAAAGUCGUUGCAUGCCCAUACUUUACGGUUGAGUUUAAGCGCGAUGGCGAGCCUGACGAUGUCGCAAUUAAGCAGGUCGCUGCUGCCGGGUCAAUUGCCGUUUACAAUCGGUUUCACUUACACCGAAACGCCCUACAAUCACACGCCCUAAAGAAGUCCAUCGUCUGGACGCCAACUCCUGCCGCCGAGAUCCGCCACUUUGGCCUCACAUUCGUCGGUAGCACCUAUGCGCUCUGGGUGCUUAGGCCUGCCACUACGGAGGGAGGAGACUGGGCUGGGUGUACGAUGGAACGGCUGCGUGGUGGAGACUGCGAAGCAAGUGUUCAUAACACAAAAGUUUUGUUGGAAUGGAUCAAUGAGAUCCAUCGAUGGGGUGUGACAGUGCAUGGGCCGGCAUGUAAAGAUGAGAUAAAGGUGUGUCUGCAGCGCGAUGGGGUGAGAACAUCUGACAUAGGGAGCAACUGUGGCUCAUGAGGAAAUCGUGGAUUAAACAGAAACCUGAAGCACGGAUCACCGCACUCCUUUGUCUCCUACG